CAGCCCCUGCGGCCGCAGGGAGGGGCCCGGGCGCGCACCUGGCGCCAGGUGAGGCAGGGGCGGGGCGGCGCGCAGGCGCACUGAGCUCCUCCCCCCGCGCUCUCUUGGCCGCUGGGAGCAGAAACGGCCCCGCCGGACCGGACAGGUUCAGUUCUGAGCCUGUGUAUUUAAAUAGGGAAUGAUCUGAGGCUUGGCAUGGUAUCCAAGGUGUUUCCAUUUCAAGAAAUAUUUUUGUAACCAAUUCUAUGCUAAGGACUGUCUUCAGUAGAGGCUUCUAUAAGGGUGAUACAUUUCUAAUAUUAGAAUGGCUGUCAGAAUAAGACGACAGUUAAAGAGACUAUUUUCCCACUGGAAACUUUGGAAGUUUAGCAUUUUUAUUUUUGUUUUUCUAAUAUGUUUAUUCUUAUUGCAAAGAGAAGUAGGUGUUCAAGACACUGAAAAUGAACCAGGGAUGAAGCCCAUUGUGGGAAAGAAAAGUAAUGUGCUGGACCUUGUGUUAAAUGCUGUGAACAAUAUUAAAGCUGCAAACCCAAAAAUGCAGAUAAAGGCACCUGUUAGGCAAACCAAGAUUCCUGGAGAGAGACAUUGUUUACCAGGCUAUUAUACAGCAGCGGAACUGAAACCUUUCCUAGAUCGACCUCCUCAGGACCCUCAUGCUCCUGGAGCUUCUGGUAAAGCAUUUAAAACUACCAAUUUAAGUCCAGAAGAACAAAAAGAGAAAGAGCGCGGAGAAGAAAAACACUGCUUUAAUGCAUUCGCAAGUGACAGGAUUUCUUUGCAUCGGGACCUUGGCCCAGACACUCGACCUCCUGAAUGCAUUGAGCAAAAGUUUAAGCGUUGCCCACCACUGCCUACCACAAGUAUUAUCAUAGUUUUUCACAAUGAAGCGUGGUCUACUCUGCUAAGAACAGUUCACAGCGUGAUGUAUACUUCUCCUGCCAUACUGCUAAAAGAAAUUAUUUUGGUGGAUGAUGCCAGUGUAGAUGAAUACUUGCAUGAUAAGCUAGACGAAUAUGUGAAACCAUUUCAAAUAGUUAAAGUAGUCAGACAAAAGGGAAGAAAAGGACUAAUCACUGCAAGAUUACUAGGAGCCUCAGUAGCAACAGGAGAGACUCUCACUUUUUUGGAUGCACACUGUGAAUGCUUUUAUGGCUGGUUAGAGCCAUUGUUGUCAAGAAUAGCUGAGAAUUACACUGCUGUUGUAAGUCCUGAUAUUGCAUCCAUAGAUCUCAAUACUUUUGAGUUCAGCAAACCUUCUCCUUAUGGACAUAACCAUAACAGAGGAAAUUUUGACUGGAAUUUGUCAUUUGGAUGGGAAUCUCUUCCUAAACAUGAGAAAAAAAGAAGAAAGGAUGAAACUUAUCCAAUUAGAACACCUACUUUUGCUGGAGGUCUUUUUUCAAUAUCAAAAGGCUAUUUUGAAUACAUUGGAAGCUAUGAUGAAGAAAUGGAAAUAUGGGGAGGUGAAAAUAUAGAAAUGUCUUUCAGAGUAUGGCAAUGUGGUGGGCAGUUGGAGAUCAUGCCUUGCUCUGUUGUUGGCCAUGUCUUUCGCAGCAAGAGUCCGCACACUUUUCCUAAAGGUACCCAAGUGAUCAUACGUAAUCAGGUCCGCCUUGCAGAAGUCUGGAUGGAUGAUUACAAAGAAAUAUUUUACCGAAGAAACACUGAAGCAGCAAAAAUUGUGAAACAAAAAAUAUUUGGAGACAUUUCAAAAAGACUUGAUUUAAGGCAACGCUUGCAUUGUAAAAAUUUUACUUGGUAUCUAAAUAACAUUUAUCCUGAAGCAUAUGUGCCAGACCUGAAUCCUCCAUUAUCUGGCUUUUUAAAAAAUAUAGGUAGACGUACAUGUCUGGAUGUUGGUGAAAAUAACCAUGGUGGCAAGCCAUUAAUUAUGUAUGCUUGUCAUGGACUUGGUGGAAAUCAGUAUUUUGAAUACUCUGCACAUCAUGAAAUUCGACACAACAUUCAGAAGGAGCUCUGCCUGCAUGCUUCUCAAGGCGCAGUACAGCUUCAGGACUGUAGCUACAAAGGCCAAAAAACAUUCACCCCGGGAGAAGAGAAAUGGGAGCUUCAAAAGGAUCAACUGUUAUAUAAUGCAGCAUUAAAUAUGUGCCUUACAGGAAAUGGAGAACAUCCAAGCUUGGUAUCAUGUAAUCCAUCAGAUUUGUUCCAAAAAUGGAUUUUUGGCCAAAAUAUUUGAAUACUUCAUGCAGCAAGAAAUAUUUUUUUAAAGACUUUAAAACUGUGACCAUAUAUUAUACACUACAAUUUGUUAAAAAUAAUGCAAAGCCAGCUGAUGUAAAAGAUAUCAAAACACUUUUAUUUAAAGAAAAACAUAAAACUUCAAAGAUCUCUUUACAGUUGUAUUUAGAUUAUAAUAAAAACACCAAAGAAUUUUGUGAUGUCUCAGCAGUUGGGGGGAAAAAAUGUUUACAAUUUGUUGGAAAUAAUUUCCUUCAUAUGAUUUUGUUAAUAUUAACUAACUACUGAUUUACAGAUGUUGUAGACUCAUCUCGUUUGGAGAGAGUGUAGGGUUUUUUUGUUUUGUUCUGUUUUUUUAAUUUAUGCAUUCCCAUUUUGUAAUUACUUCAGAAAAACUGAUCCAUAAGAUUAGGGGGAAGUUAUCUUGCACAGUGUCUUAAAACUGAGGCGCCUUAUAAAUGGUGGUUAUGGGAUUUUUUUACUACUUGCUUGACUUAAUUCUCUGCUGAAAUUCACUUUCCCUUUAAAUGAAUCUGAAGAAAGAAAAACUAAAAAUAUCCUUAACACAUCUUCCUUUAAUUUCUUAUAUACUUCAAUGAAAUAGAAAUAUUUGGAUUCUAAAAGUAAAGCCAAAUAGCCAUCAGAGCCUACCCAAUUUCUAGUAAAUCAGUUUUCCUAGAUGUGUCCCUUACUUUAAGAUUCAGCAGUUUUUAUUGAAACAAUAUUCAGUUUAUGUAUGGUUACUUAAAUGGAAAAUCUGGUUGUCCUUUGGGGCAAGUCCAGAAAUGGUGCAACUACACUCCCCUUUGGCUGUGCCCUAUAUGCACAGUGAGCUCCGAAAGCUCACCAACACUUCAUCACAGCUACUGCAAGAAGCUCCACAUAGGUUGUGAGCUGGUUGGUAUGGAUUCUGCCCAGGGUCUAUGCUUUUAAGCAGCUCUGGAGACUCCUGCUCUUCGUUCUCCCCUUCCCUCUCCUUCACCUGCUGAAUUCAGCAGCAGGAGAAAUGAGGGGAAGUGAGGCCAGGGACAUGCAGUCUCCGCUUUAAUUAGUCUCCAGAGCCUCCAAGCUGCCUCUGCUCACUGCUCAUUCUCUCUUCUCCCUGCUGCUGAAUUCAGCAUGAGGGGGGAAGGAAAGAGUGAAGAGCUGAUUGAAAGCAGGGACUCUAGGCAGAGCUCCAGCAGGAGCUGCUGAGAACUCAUUGGUAUCCAGAAUCACAGCAAGGGGCUCCAACUACAUCCCCUUCCGCUGUAUGGCACACGUGCAAUGAGCUUUCUUCACUACACUUGUGCCCUGCUCUUGAAUGAAGUAUGGACACAAUGCCAUUGCUGCAAUCCACCCAUAGUUGUCCUGAUGAUAACAAAAUCACAAAAGAGCAAUAGUAGGUUAAUUUUUUACUCUUUCAUUGUGUGUCCAACACAUUACUGUUUUUUCCAACAUUACAUUUUGUCAUUUGCAAAAUAUGAAAUGAUCUGUUACCAUUUUUGUUCAUUACCUCUCUUCAUUUUUGUACCAUCAACAAAGUUUAAUUAUUUGUUUGCCUUUUCAAGUGAUUUGUAUAGUACAUUGUGCAUAUAUGUAAUUCCUUUUAUGUUUCUCUUUCAAAUGUUUGACUUGGCUUUUAAUCGUUCAGGAGAAGUUUGUUCUUCAACUGUAAUAUAGAACCUUAUAAUGAAAUGAUAUAAGUUAACUGAAAAAUAAAUUAAUUCAUAAGUA